AUGAAGGACAAUCAACUUACAAGAGAACUGCAGCAGGUGAAUAACACAGUCAAGGAUACUUCAAAAAUGCAGCAGGGGAAGAAAUCACAUGACCAAGGGGAUCAGUGGCAGGCACAAAAGAAGAAGCAAAAUAAGCAUCAAGAACAGGCCAACCCUAAGACUGUGUGGAAACCUACAUACUUCCAGCAUAAAGAAGGCAUGAAGAAUCAACAAAAUCCAGCUCAGGCAGGUAUGACACUCAAUGUUCCUACUCACAAUAAUUUUACUAGUUUAGAUGUGCAGGAACAGGUUACAAACAGCCUAUAUGGUCUGGAUACCAGCAAUAAGACAUUAACCAAGGAGGAUCAAACAUCACAGGAUCUAGGUAAGAUAGUUAAUUCAACAAGUAGUCAAAAUGAACAGCACUCCCAAAAGAAUCAAAAUGCAGGAAUUUCUAGUAACAUGGAACCUGUUAUUGAUUUAAGGCUCCCCUUACCCUAUAACCCCACUGUUAUUUCUGUUGAGCUUGUUGAGGAGGGCGAAAGUACAAACCAGCUUCAAGUUCCUAUUAUACAUCAUGGAAGUAAGCAUCAGGCAUCCCACCAGCUUGAUAUUGGGAAGAGUUUACAGGGCUUAGGUAAGGAAAAUCCUUAUACUGGAACCAGUGCUAGACAACAAGAGAAAGAGGGACUGCAUAGUCAGAUUCCUCAAAAAGAUGCAGGGAACACUCCUACUCAGCCUAGUAACAAUAAAUCCCAGGCCAGACUGAGAAAAAGAAGAAGAAAUGCUAUUAAAAAAAGGCAACAAAAGGAAAUGGAAACUGAAAAUAAACAGCAGGGACAGAAGGAAGAGGUUGAGGACUAUGAUGAAUAUGGGGUUCCAAAUUCUAAAGAUGAGUAUGAUGAAGAUACUCAAUCUUUAGAUGAUAAUGAUGAUGAAGAGGAUGAGAUCACUACAACUUUUGGGGCCACUUUUCAAACUGAUUAUGAGGAGGAAAUCCAAGAAAUCAAAAGGCAACAAGGACUAUCUCCAAGAGGGAGGAAAGAAACAAGGCACAACACCACUAGAGCUAGAGGCAGACCACUCACUAGAGCUAGAAGCAGAGGCUUGUGA